AUGGCAGCUGGUCUACGGUUUCUAUCUCUUCCUGGCUUUCUCUACGACAGUAAAAAGAGGAGACAGGGCUGUCCUCACAUCUACGACGCAUUUGUGUCCUACAACGUUCACGAUGAGGACUGGGUUUACGGAGAGCUCCUGCCUGAACUGGAAGAAGUCCAGGGAUGGAGACUGUGUCUGCACCACCGUGACUUCCAGCUAGGGAAACCCAUCAUUGAGAACAUCACAGAUGCCAUCUACAGCAGCAGGAAGACUCUGUGUGUGAUUAGCCGCCGCUACCUGCAGAGCGAGUGGUGUUCACAGGAGAUACAGAUGGCCAGUUACCGUCUGUUCGAUGAGCAGAAGGACGUGCUGAUCCUGCUGUUUCUGGAGGAGAUCUCGUCCAAUCACCUGAGUCCGUUCUACCGCAUGAGGAAGCUGGUGAAGAGCCGCACGUAUCUGAGCUGGACCCAGGCCCGGAGCCACAAGGGUCUGUUCUGGGAGAACGUUCGCAGAGCGUUAGAGUGUGACAACGAACCUGCAGACAGCCACAACCCACUAACUGUUAAUGUUUAACUGCAACCUGGUCACUGUUGACACUCACUGCUAAUGACUCUGUCAUUUGUUGGUUAAAAGGGGGCGUGGUGUGGAUCAGUUGGUGUCAAACUAGACCUUGUUUAAUUGUGUAAUUAAUAUCAUAACUUUAAGUCAUUAUAAUCAUCAUAAUUGAUGAUUUACGCUGUGGGGACCUGACGUUUCUCCCCAUAAAGGUUGAGGAUAGGUACCACUGGUUCACACUCACAUUAUGGGGACCUCAUUGCACUGGACUUUUGCUUGGGGGAGAUCUAAGGGUCUUAACAUGUUCAUUUAGAACCUUUUCACAGCAUUGCUCUUGUCAGUCUUAUUGAGAAGAGGGAGGCAGAGUUUACUGAAUAGAAUAAAUCGUAUUUCCAACAACCUGGUGCACUUUUGGAGCGUCCCAAGUGGCUAUGGCAAUUUUGGUAAUUAUAGUCAUUCUCAUUCAGUUGACUCAUUGUUAUGUAAAAACUGUAAAGCUCUUUUCAGAUACCAGGCAAUCGACUUUCAGCACCACCGGCUGUUAUUUAAAGUUUAAAGACUUCUAAAAACUAAUGGUGGUACGAUGAUGUGUACAGAGUUUAGGCCCCACUAUGUUAUAAACACCCACACACCACCAGGGCCAAUGCAACUCUGCGUAAAUUUGCAAAUUUUCUUUCAGUUGAUAUUUUAUUAUAUUUGUAAAAUGAAUAAAAGAACUAUCUAAUUAUGUUCAUAAUAACUAAUAAGAUUCUACAGUGUUCUUUUUCUACAUCAGACAUGCCAAACUCAGGCCCAGGGGCCAAAUUUGGCCCAUAAUAUAAUUAUAUUUGGCCCAUGAGAUCAUAUCAAAUGUGUAUUAGCACUGGCACUCCGGCUACAGAUAGACUAUUAUUAGACAUUAGACAUUAAAUAGACAUUAUUUAAAAUUGUGUUAUUAUUUUGCAUGCUGUGAUGCUUCCUGUUCUCUGUUUUCUCACUAAACGUAUUUUAUUUUUUCUGAAAAGCAGUGAGGUGUUUCUCUCAGUUCCCCUUAACACAAGACCAAUCUGACACCUCUGUGUUUAGAUGUUCUGAAACACUUCAGUGCGGUAAAGACCUGUUAAGUGUUAUUUUUUUAGACACCCUUCUUUUACUCCUGUUUUACAUCGGCCUGAGUGUGUGGAGGCCAGCGUUCUGUACUUGGCUGUGCUCUACUGGUGGAGCAGCACCAGUAAAAAUCAUUAAAAGUUUAAAAAUGUUAUGGAUAUGAAGUAUAAUUUUAAUAUUAUAAAUAGGCUCCAUAUUUAAACAGCUUUUAUAGUAUUGUACUGUAUUAUAAGUGAAAACAUCAAUUACCUUGAAGAAAACAUUGUGGAUAAGUGUCUUUUUUCUGCACAUUCUGCUGAUAUAAUGGUGAUUCUCUUGAGCAAUUAUAACGAUUAUGUAAAAUGUCCCACGGAUGAUUUACCUACCUUUUAUACCCUACCUUUUAUGUCUACCCUUUUUAUCACAGUAAACCACAUUAUUGUCCCAUCUCUAUAUACUGUAAGAGAAACAGAAGAGCUCGUUCUCCAACAGGCUCCUACAGCUCCACUCAAACAGUGAGAGACACAGGACUACAUUCAUACUGUAAUACUCCCUACAACUGUACAACAAAUCACCCUUAUGUCAUAGAUAAACCUGUGUCAUGUCAAUCAUUAUUUUAUCUUUGCACUGUUUCCUCUUACUCACUUUCUGUAUAAAGCCGAGAUCUAUUGUGGAUUGACUCUAUUUGUACUUGAGCAGUUGUGUUCUUAUUUUGGAUGUAUUGUUACCAUUUCUAUUUUUGCUCUUUGUUAUUAUAUUAUAUUGUGAUGUGUGAAGCUGCUGUGGCCAAAUCAUUUCCCUUGUGGAUCAAUAAAGUUUGUCUUACUUA